UUUCUGUUCUCAGACAGCCAUCGCUGUGCAAACAGUUUGAAUCGUGCAUUUACAUUCAGUGCGUUUUAGAAUUAAAAAAAAGUAGCUCUCGACAUUUCUUUCGGUUUAGUUUUGAUUUUUAUUUCUGAAUUUUUGCAAAAAAAAAAGAAGGAAAAAGUCAAAUUUGUUUUGUGAUAGCCUAGUUAAAAGUGAAUAAGCAAUUUAAAUUGAACAAAAGAGAAAAUUUGAAUUGGUUUCCACCACCCCGAACAAAAGACGAAUUCAAAUCAUCGAUAAACCACUGUGACGUACAAAAAUACAAUAGAAUCGAUUCGAAAAUAGUAGCGGAAAAUUGAUAUGGAAAGAAAUGCACUCUAAAAAUACGAUAAAUAUUAUUGGUUGGCGUUGAAGAACAACACGGAAACUGCAUUAAAAUAAUGAAUAAUCUCAAUGAUUAUUGGACUGUAGGCAGCAAUAUUUCAAAUGAACGUUGAGUAAAACGAAAACAGCACGUGCAAUACAACAAAUCCAAAAUGUUGGUAUCGAUACAAUGUACGAAGAAGCGGCUACAUUUUUGCUUGAAAAUUUUGCUCAUUGUGUCAAUCAUUGGAAUUUAUUUUAUUGUUUUACUGCGAGAAUCGUUUGCCGCAUGGGAAUCAUCGUCUUUGUCAACGGUACCAAUGACAUCCGCCGCUGUUAAAAAUAGCAUCAAUGGGAACGGAAACUAUUUGGGCGAUGAGAAGCACUACACCAUGAAUCGUUUGCAAUACAAACGAUAUAACCAUCAUAAAUUUGGUCAAACAGGAGUAUCAAAUAAAUCAAUAAUCAGUGCAAUGGGCAAAGCAGCAACGCAAAAUUUACCAUCCAUACCCAGUACGACUGUCAAUCCAAUUUAUGAAUAUUCGGAGGAAAAAGUCGCUGUUGCCGAAGCGGAUUUUACGACAAGACGCGACCACUUAUGGAAAAUGUGUACCAAAUACAAUAUGAUCGACCAAUAUCCGCCAAAUGCAUGGGAAUUUUUCAUUUCAAUGGGCCACGGCUCGGGCAUAGCAUGGUGUAAUAUAUUUAAAGCGGCAAGCUCAACGUGGAUGUACUACUUUAAUAUUUUAGGCGGGUAUGAUGUGCAAUUUUUGCAACGAACGAAAGCAUCACCACUCGAAUUGGCACGAAAACGCUUUCCACGACCAUCAGCCACCGAACUUAACGAAGCACUUUCUAGCUCAUUGUCAUUUCUUAUAGUGCGCGAACCAUUUGAACGACUGUUAUCCGGUUAUCGUAAUAAAUUGGAAAGUCGUCGUAACAAAUACUACAAAUUAUUGGGAGAUCAAAUCAUUAAAGAUUUUCGCAAAGGAAAUAAACGGAAACCGCCCGGACCAACAUUCACCGAAUUUAUUCUAUUUUUAAUCGAUAACUAUAAGAAAGGUCAACGGUUCGAUGAACACUUUUCGCCGUACUAUUCAUUUUGUACGCCAUGCACUAUUAAUUAUACCUUAAUUGCCAAAGUGGAGACGCUCCAACGUGAUACGGAAUACAUUAUUCGUCAAAGUGGCCUAGAGACACUACUUCUGAAUAAAAUGCCAUUUGGCAAAAAAAUUCGCUCAAUUUCCAACGAAUCUACGCAUCAAACGGCUAAACUUAUUAACAAGUAUUUUUCGAAGCUUGACGACGUUAUGUUAAGGGACUUAUUAAAAAUAUACGGGCCGGAUUUCGAUUUGUUCGGAUACAACAGUACAAAGUAUUUUGAUAUAGUUAAAUCGAGUAAACCACCAAUAACACCAAAUGUAACAACUAUAGCGACAGCAAUAUCACCACCGUGUAGUAAACUGAAAUAAUAAAAAAAAAUACCAAACGGCCAACUAAACGAAACAAAAUUUAAAAAGAAAAACAUGAAAUCGAAGGCUUACUACAUAGGAUCGUCUGCAAUGGACCUUUAUACUGCAAAACUAUUUAUAAAUUAUAGAUUUGUGAACUUAGAAUGUAUUUUUCUACAAGCCAAAAAAAAACACGAAUCAUCUACGAAAAUACCAUUGUUUCGGCUCUUUCUAUAUAUAUAUUUAAGAUUUAAGGCCAUAUUUGUUCAAUUCAUUCAUGAAAGUUGCAUUAAAAAUUAAUCUAACUUAUACUAUAGUAUUGAAUGAAUUAGCCAUUGGCAGAAAAACUUGAUUUUUUCUCUUGAUUCGCUCGUUUUCCUGACUCAUGAAUGUAUUGACUCAUUGAUAUAACUUUAUAUAUACAUUAACAUACAUAUAUACAUCUAUUUAAAACUGAAACGUUAGAGUAAACCAUAUUUUUCACAAAAUAAUUAGAUACAAGUGCACGAAAUAUAUAUAUAUCUUUAUUCUAUGUAUAUUGAUAAACAGGAGAAUCUGUAGAUGAUAGAUUCUAUUUCAUAAAUACAAAGAAAAAUCUAUACAAACAAAACUAUUACCAAAGAGAGAAGCUGGAAUUCACAUUUGUGAAUCAAAUUUCAGAGGCAUGAUUUUUUUUAGUAAGUGAUGUAGUUAGAAGUUCAUAAAUGUUUUGAUUAACUAACAAAAAAAAAGAAAAAAAAAAACUUGUGAUUCAUGUAAAUUUAAAUACGUUUGUGGGAGAGUUAACAUACAAAAUUUAAUGAUCUACUAGAUGAUGAAAACUUGAUCGAUUUUGGUUUAAGCGCGAUAGCAGCAGUUAUUUUGAAUUCAUUCACUUAUUGGUAACCAAGGGAAAACACUAUCAUCUAUAUGCUCCAAAAUGUUUUUAACGAUUUAAUUUCGUUUUGAGAACAACGCAUUCGAAAACUACCAACCGAGUGAAAUGGAAGGAAUAAGCACAAGAAAAGACAAUCGAAACCGAAAAUCAUGAUGGAUGAAGAAACUGAAUAACGCUUUUGAAUAUUUCAUGAAUUACUUUGGCUCUGGUCCAAAUGCAAUUGCGAACGCGAUAUCUUGCAAAUAAGUUCGCCUUUGGAAUUUUGAUAUUUACUUGAGAAAUUUAUAGAUAUACAUAUAUAUUUUAUUGCGAUCGAUGCAAAGUGAAGGGAAAAAAACCAACAACCAUGAUUUUAUGAUUGUAUUUGUUUGUCGGUGAUUUAAAUGUGAGAGACUUCAUGACAUGUAUAUAUACGAAAUUGUUUUUGCUUUUUUCCUCUUUUUCUGCUUUUUGGCCGAUCUAAUUAAAGUUAAUCAACUGAAAAGUUUAUCUCGUGAAAAUUGUGUCAUCUAUUCUUGGAGUUG